GCAGCCGAGCUCCGAGCGGGGCGGCCGCGGCACCGGGGGGACGGGGUGGGGGCACCGGAACACGUUGAAGGUACCGGGGCGGCCGGCGGUACCGGAGCGGUCUCGGCGCCGGAGCAUCGCGGUACCGGGGCGGCUGCGGGACGUGUCGCCGGGACCGGAUCGUGCGGGAUGUGAGCUGUGCCGGCGCGGGACGCGAGGUGAUUAAAGUGCGCUGCAAAGAAGAUCAAGCAACCUUCUGCUCUGCAAAUUACUCGUAAUGGAGCAGAUGAAAGGCUCGGCCAUGCUUCUGUUGGAGCUGCUUAUUCUUGGGGGCCUGAGAGCAGAGAAGGGCUCUGCUGUGCUGGGCACCCUGGAUCUACAAAUAGAUGAGGAGCAGCCAGCUGGCACCAUCAUUGGGGACAUCAGUGCUGGCCUGCCCCCCGGCACCAGUGCCUACAUGUACUUCAUAUCAGCACAGGAGGGCAGUGGAGUCGCCACUGACUUGUGGAUAGAUGAGAACAGGGGCAUCAUCAAGACAGCCCGUGUCCUUGACCGAGAGACCCGGGAUCAUUACAGCUUCAUAGCUGUUACCCCAGAGGGCAUCACAGUAGAAGUGAAUAUCCAAGUUAAUGACAUCAACGACCAUGCUCCAGCCUUUCCCAAGCAACACAGCACUUUCCAGAUCCCAGAGCACACACCCGUUGGCAGCAGAUUUCCAUUGGAUCCAGCCUUUGAUGCUGACAGUGGCCUGCUCAAUACCCAAGGCUAUGUGAUUAAGGGUGACAAUGUGGGGCAGGCCUUCCGUCUGGAAACACGGCGAGGACCCAAUGGGGUCCUGUAUUUAGACCUGGUGGUCAGCAAUGUCUUGGAUCGGGAGAACCGUUCGUCGUACUCCCUGGUGUUGGAAGCCUAUGAUGGGGGCUCUCCUCCCAGGAGCAGCCAAAUGACGUUGGAUGUGUCCAUCCAGGACAUCAAUGACAAUGCUCCUGCCUUCAACCAGAGCCGCUACCAUACUCUUAUAUCGGAGAACUUGAAACCCGGCAGUAGCAUCCUGCAGGUCUUUGCAUCUGACGCGGAUGAAGGAGACAAUGGUGAUGUGAUUUAUGAGAUCAACCGGCGACAGAGUGAUCCUGACCAGUACUUCACCAUUGACUCCCGGACUGGAGUCAUCAAACUCAACAAGGGUCUGGACUAUGAAGUCAGGAAGGUGCAUGAGCUGGUGGUACAGGCACGGGACAGGGCUGUCCACCCUGAGGUCACCACAGCCUUUGUCACUAUUCAUGUGCGCGACUACAAUGACAACCAGCCCACCAUGACCAUCAUCUUUCUGAGCGAAGAUGGCUCCCCUCAGAUCUCGGAGGGAGCCCAGCCUGGUCAGUACGUGGCACGCAUCUCUGUUUCUGACCCAGAUUAUGGAGAGUACUCCAACGUCAACGUCACUCUGGAGGGGGGGGAUGGCAAGUUUGCCCUCACUACGAAGGACAACAUCAUCUACCUUAUCUGUGUGGACCAGCUUCUGGAUCGGGAGGAAAGAGACUCCUACGAUUUGCGAGUGACAGCUACUGAUUCGGGAACACCCCCGCUCCGAGCAGAAUCCACCUUUGUGCUGCAGGUGAUAGAUGUCAAUGACAACCCUCCGCUCUUUGACCAGCAGGAGUACAAACAGAGCAUCCCCGAGGUUGUGUACCCAGGCAGCUUUGUCCUGCAAGUGACCGCUCGAGACAAAGACCAGGGUCCCAAUGGGGAGGUGCAGUACAGUAUCAUGCAUAGCCACGACACCCACUCCAGCUGGUUUGCCAUUGACCCCGCCACAGGGAUCAUCACCACUGCUGCCCCACUGGAUUACGAGAAGGAUCCUCAGCCUCAGCUGACAGUGCUGGCCACAGACAGGGGAACCCCGGCCCUCUCUUCUUCAGCCGUGGUGCUCGUGGCCCUGCAGGACGUCAAUGACAAUGAGCCGGUGUUCAGGAGUAACUUCUACAACGUGUCCCUGAAGGAGAACACCCCCGUUGGAACCUGCUUCCUACAGGUGACAGCUACUGAUGCUGACAGCGGCUUGUUUGGGUCCCUUUCCUACUCUCUUGGUUCUGGCAUCGGCAGUGUGGUCCCAACGCAGUUCAGCAUUGACAAGCACACAGGGCAUCUGUGCACUGCGCAGCCUCUGGACCGCGACGAGGGCACAUCUGCCUAUGAUUUCACCAUCACUGCUGUCGAUGGGGGUGGCUUGAACUCCAUGGUGUAUGUGAAGGUUUUCCUGGAGGACAUAAAUGACAAUCGGCCGGUGUUCUACCCACUGGAGUAUGCUGCCAGCAUCAGCACACAGAGCAUGCCGGGUACCGCUGUGCUGCGUGUUACUGCCCACGACAAGGACGAGGGGAUACAUGGGAAAGUGACCUAUCGCAUUGUGCUGGGGAACUCCCCCCCCCUCUUCUCCCUCAACAAGGACACAGGUGUCAUCUCUCUCUCGUGGUCCCUGAGCGGUAAAGCCAACACCCUCGUGCAGCUGGUGAUCUCUGCAGAAGAUGGAGGGGGUCUGCAGGCGCAGCCAAAUGCCCGAGUGAACAUCAGCGUGGUGGAGGGCACAGUCUCACCCCCUGUCUUUGAGCAAGCUCAGUACUUCUUCACGGUGCCGGAGGACAUGCUGCAGGGCGCCAGCGUGGGGGCUGUCCGUGCCCAGAAUCCUCCUGGUCAUACUGAUGACAUCUUUUAUUCCAUCUCCUCGGGGGAUCCUCACGGCUACUUUUCCAUUGACUCUGACUCUGGUCAGCUCCGCACCAGCUUGCCUCUGGACCACGAGUCUCAGGCAGUCCUGGUUCUGGAUGUCCAAGCCCGAAGUGGUUCCCCCCCGGCCUAUAGCAACACCCGCGUGAAAAUCUCUGUGUCAGAUGUGAAUGACAACGCGCCAGCAUUCCCAUCUCCCUCUGACUCCAUUCUGCUGCCAGAGGCCACUGAGCCCGGGACUACAGUGUACACCCUGCAGGCUGAGGACCGUGACAGUGGUGCCAACGGGCAGGUGAACUUUGAGCUGGUGUCAGGUGGCGAUGGCACCUUCAGCGUCGAGCGCUCAUCGGGGGCAGUGCGCCUUGUCGGGGCGCUGCAGUAUGAAGCCAGUGCAGCCUACAGGUUGGCCAUUGUGGCCCGAGACAACGGCGUGCCCCAGCUCAGCUCCACCUUCACACUCCUGGUGCACGUGCAGGCUGAGCACGACAACGGGCCCAUCUUUGACACGCUCACCUACCGCGUGGAGGUGCGGGAAGGUGUGCCCGUCUCCACCCGCUUCCUGCAGGUGCGGGCCCUGGCGCGGGAUGCAGAAGCUGUGAGCCUGACUUACCACUUGCGUGCAGAUGGAGAUGCUGCCAGCUUUGGCAUUAUGUCUGAGAGCGGGUGGCUGUAUGUCAAAAGCGCCCUGGACCGGGAGACGCGAGACCUGUAUGUUCUCACAGUGCUGGCGUCUGCGGGAGGUGGUGGCUCCGGGGGGGAGGCCCGGAAAACAGGGACCAGCACCGUACGGAUCAGCAUCACUGAUGAGAACGACAACAGCCCCCGGCUGAGUGAGGAGCGAUACUUCUUCACUGUUCCUGAGAACCAGGCUCCUGGCAGCAGCGUAGGGAGGGUGAUGGCGAGUGACCGGGAUGCUGGGCAGAACAGCCGUCUCACCUACCGCCUGCUGCAGCAUGACUCCAGCUUCCUCAUCCACACACAGACAGGGGAGCUCAGCACCAAGCACAGCCUGGACCGGGAGCUGCAGUCCAGCUACCAGCUGCUGGUGAUUGUGCAGGAUGGGGGAGCACCGCCCCGCAGUGCCACAGGAACCAUCUAUGUCACUGUGCUGGAUGAGAAUGACAACGCUCCUGUUUUCCUUCAUAUCAGUGGUGGCCAGGAGCUGCCCGUGCAGGUGCUGGAAGAGAAGCCGUCGGGACUUCUUGUUGCCUCCCUGCAAGCCAAGGACCCUGACGAGGGUGAGAAUGGGACCAUCACCUACUCACUAAUAGGAGCCUGGGCAGAGCGUUUCACGCUGCACACUGCCACUGGGGAGCUGCGGACUGCCACGGUGCUGCGCCGAUCCGACCGUGCUGAGUACGUCUUCACCGUGACAGCCAGCGAUCGGGGCAUGGUGCCCUGCAGCACCUCAGCCGUCGUUCGUAUUCAGGUGCUGCCAUCCUCCCGCUUGCUGCCCAGACCUGAUGCUACGGUGCUGACGCUGCAGCCCCUGGAGGGGGUCAGGCCUGGCUCUGUGAUCGGCUCAGUGGCCCCCCCUGAUGCCCCUGCACGGGGACAGCUGACCUACACGGUGGUAGGAGGUGGUGGGGAUGGCACUUUUGUUGUUGACAGUGUGACAGGGGAGAUCUAUGCUGCCCGGGAGCUGGAUUAUGAAGCCGGGGCACGGCACACGCUGCAAGUGAGCGCUGAGGACACGCAGCACGGCUACCCAUCCAGCCGGCUGGUGCUGGUACAGAUCCACGUGCAGGACUGCAACGACCAGGCGCCCACCUUCCCCGAAGACCCCAUCACCAUUGUGGUGCCUGAGAAUGCGCAGGCUGGCUCAUCUGUUUUCACCUUCCAGGCUCUGGAUGGGGACGGGGUGGGCCCGAACAGUCAGGUGCGCUACGCCCUGCUGCGCCAGGAGCCCCCGGGGGCCCCUUUCCAGCUCGACAGCCGCUCAGGGCUGCUGAGCCUUCGGCAGAGCCUCGACCGUGAGGCUGUGGCCUCCUUCCUCCUGGUGGUGGAGGCCACGGACCAGGCCCGCAACAUCAGCCAGCGCCGCUCGUCUGCUGUGACAGCGCGUGUCUUCGUGACCGACGUGAACGACAACGCGCCCGUGUUCCUGUCACCCGCUGCUGUCAGCGUCAUGGAGGACCGGCCAACGGGGUUUGUGGCUCUGCACGUGGUGGCCCAGGACAACGACCUGGGAGAGAAUGGGAGAGUGAGCUACUCGCUGCGAGCAGGCAACAGCGACGGCCGCUUCCACCUUAACCCCAGCACAGGUGCUCUCUCUGUUGUGCGGGCUCUGAACCGUGAGGAGGUGGUGCAACACAACUUGACUGUGGUGGCUGCUGAUCAUGGCUUCCCACGCCGCUCGGCCACGCAGCUACUCUCCAUACUGGUGAUGGAUGUCAACGAUGAAGCUCCCACCUUUGAGAAGCCUGAGUAUGAGGCGCAGGUCAUGGAGAACCUCCCAGCUGGCAGCCCUGUCCUGCAGGUGCUGGCCACAGACCGGGACCUGGGUGCCAACGGGCAGGUGACCUAUGGAGGUCUCUCUGGGGGGCCGUUCUCCAUCCACCCGCAGACGGGUCUCAUUGUCACCACACAUCCCUUGGACCGUGAGGAGCAGGAGCAGCACGUGCUGAUGGUCUAUGCCCGGGAUGGUGGCCUGCCCCCCAACCUCUCCAAGGCAACUGUGCGGAUCACAGUAGGGGAUGAAAAUGACCACACACCACAGCUGGAGAGUGAGUCCUGCUCUGUGGAGGUCCCUGAGAACCAAAGCCGUGUGGCACUCUACACCCUGCGUGCCACUGACCCCGAUGGAGGCGAGAACGGGCGCUUGGAGUACCGCGUGGCAGAUGGAGAUCCUGAGCAGGAUUUCAUCCUAGACCCCAUCUCUGGUGUCCUCUCCACUGCACGUGCCCUUGACCGAGAGCAAGUUGCUUUCUACAGCCUCACAGUAGUGGUUCAAGACCACGGCACGCCACCACGCAGUGCAACCAUGUCAGUGAACGUGCGGGUGUUGGACUUAAAUGACAAUGCUCCUGGUUUUGCUCAAGCCAGCUAUGUGGUGGAGGUGCCCGAGGACUUGCCAGUUGGUUCCCUGGUGCUGCAGCUGGAAGCUGAGGAUCCUGAUGAGGGCACCAAUGGGCAGGUCACCUACUACCUGGGCAACGAGUCCCUGGGCAUGUUCCAGGUAGAGCCACAGACUGGAAGCAUCAGAAGUGCCCAGGAGUUGGACCGGGAACGCCAGCCAAGUUACAGCUUUCUGGCCAAGGCUGUGGACUCAGCACCAUGGGAGCCUAAAAGCGCAGCUGUGCGUGUCACGGUCACGGUGCGGGAUGUCAACGACCACGCUCCUGCCUUCCUGCACAGCCCAGUCACCGUCACUUUGUCUCGCCACACGCCACUCAAGCAAGUUGUGGCCACCAUGAGGGCAGAGGACAGGGAUGCAGGUGCCAAUGCCUCCAUUCUGUAUCGCCUUGCCACCCCGAACUCAGCCUUCUCAAUCAACUCCUACACAGGGGAUAUCCAGCUGCUGCAGCCCCUGAGCUCACUCAGCCAGCGCCAGCGGACACUCUUCAUCCUGGCCACCGACCUGGGGCAGCCAGCGCUUUCCUCUACUGGUGUGGUGGUGAUCCAUUUGCAGGAAGAGCCCUACCGGGGGCUGCGCUUUCCCCGCAGCACCAAUGAAGUGAUCCUGCCAGAAAAUGCUGCUCCAGGUACUGCUGUCACAAGCAUCCAAGCUGUGCACAUGGGGGGCUCUUCUGGGCGCAUCACAUACAGCAUUAUCAGCGGCAACGAGAAGAAUGCUUUCCUUAUCCAGCCCAGUUCAGGUGCCAUCUCAGUUCAGGACUCCAGCAGCCUGGAUUUUGAGGCCAGCCCUCGGCUGCGCCUUGUGGUCCAGGCAGAGACAACAGCUUCCUUCGGCUUUAUGGCCAUAAACCUCAAUCUGCAAGAUGUGAAUGACAACUUGCCACGCUUCCAGCUGCAGAACUACGUGGCAUUCAUCUGGGAGUCGCAGAGCUAUGACUCCCCAGUCAUCCAGGUCCUAGCAGAUGAUCUGGAUCAGGGAAUGAAUGGGCAGGUGACUUACGCCAUCAACCAGUCCCUACCAAUGACAGGCUUAUACCACAUCGAUCCUCAGACCGGCACCAUCACUACGGCUGCCAUCCUGGACAGGGAGAUCUGGUCCCAGACACGCCUGGUGGUAACAGCGAUGGACAGAGGGACGCCCCCUCUGGUGGGCUCUGCUACGCUGACAGUUGUGGUGAUGGACAUCAAUGACAACAGCCCCACCAUCCCAUUUCCGUGGGAGGUGCGGGUCCCAGAAAACAUGCUGCUUGGCACCCAGAUCGCCCAGCUGACAGGGAAUGACGUGGACUCCGGCCCAGCACUCUCCUACACCCUCGUGCUGGAUGGUGAUGCUGUGGGCACGUUCAGUGUGCUGCGCUAUGGGGGGCGCAUUGCCCUGACGGGGCCGCUGGACUAUGAGCAGCGCAGCCACUACACCCUCACACUGCGAGCCUCUGACACCCGCCACGAGACCGAGGCCAACCUCACCGUCAUCGUGGAAGACAUGAAUGACAACGCACCAGCCUUCAGCCAGGCCUUCUACCAGGUGACAUUGCCAGAGCACACUCCUGCAGGGACCAUCCUUCUCACCGUGAGCGCCACCGACAUGGACUCCGGCAACAACGGGGACAUCACCUUCCACCUGGCCGUGCCCAGCCUUGACGUUGCAAUUGACCCCAGCAAUGGGACCCUGUUCACCAUCCGACCAGUGGAAUUCGAUGCCAACCAGCCCACCCUGGAACUGGUGGUGGAAGCCCGUGACCACGGCUCCCCCAGCCUCUCAUCUUGGGCCACGGUUCAGCUUCAGGUGCUUGAUGUGAAUGACCACAGCCCCAUCUUCCAGGUGCCACACUACAACGCCAGCGUCCCUGAGGACCUGCGGCCAGGAACCACUGUGCUGACGCUGGACGCAGGUGAUGCCGACCUCUCCCGAGAGAACGCCGGCUUCGACUACACCAUUGUCAGUGGCAACGGUGGCAAUGCCUUCCAGGUGGAGAGCCGGGUGGCCUGGGCAGGUGGGCAGCUCCGCACACAGGGUGCGUUGGUGCUUGUGGAGCCCUUAGAUUUUGAGGCCAUCCCAGUCUACAAUCUCACUGUGGCUGCCUUGGACCGGGGCCUGCCGCAGCGCAGCACCACAGUGCCUGUGCUCAUCACCGUGCAGGACGUCAAUGACAACCCACCUGUGUUUGCCCGAGCUGAAUACCGCACGGCAGUGAGCGAGAGCACGCCUCCUGGCACAGAGCUGCUGCGCGUGAUGGCCCACGACGCCGACUCAGGGCCCCGCGGCCAUGUUCACUACACCAUCAGCUCAGGGGACCAGCACGGGCUCUUCCAGAUCCAUGAGAGCACAGGUGCCCUGUGCCUGGCACGGCCCCUGGACCGGGAGACACAGGCGUUGCACGCUCUUGUGGUGCAGGCCAUGGAUGUGCCAGGUGGGCACUUCGCUCUGGUGCCUGUAGCCAUCGAGGUGAAGGAUGUCAAUGACAACAAGCCGUACUUCCCAGUGGAGGUUCUUAGUGCCAGCAUGCGGGAGAACCUGCCGCCGGGCACACUUGUGACCACCCUGCGUGCCAUCGACACUGACACCGGGGUGUUUGGGGAGCUGCAGUAUGCCGUACUGGAGCAGCCAGUGGGGGGACCCGGCGUGGCAGAGGGCCGAGACGCCUUCGCCAUCAACAGCAGCUCCGGGGAGCUGCGCUCCCGGCUCACCUUCGACUAUGAGCGAGCCAAGGCCUUCCAGCUCCUCGUCAGGGCCACAGAUGCCGGCAACGCCUCUGCUACAGUGACUGUGCGGGUGCUGGUGACCGGGGAGGAUGAGUACGAUCCCAUCUUCCUGAGCCCCUCCUUCAGCUUUGAGGUCCCUGAGGGUGCCCGCAAAGGGCAGAGCAUUGGGCGGGUCCUGGCCACAGAUGAGGACGAGGGGGCUGACGGCGUUGUGCUGUACAACCUGGCCAAGCCCUCGCCGUACUUUGCCAUCAACCAGACUACAGGCAGCAUCUACCUGCGGGUGGACAGCCAGCCCCAGGCCGGGGCUGGGCGCGCCAAGAGGGAGCCCCGUGAGAUGAGCCUUGAGGUGCAGGCGCGCAGCCCGCUGCCAGCCUCCCGUUCAGCCUCUGCUCAGGUCACCAUCGACGUCACGCACACCUCCUUCGGCCUGGCUCCGGAUCUCAACCUGCUGCUGGUGGCCGUGGCUGCCUCGCUGGGCGUCGUGGUAGUGCUGGCUGCUGUGGCCAUUGUGCUGGCGCUGGUCCGCUCCCGUCACCGCCGGGGCCACGAGAAGACAGAGGGGGAUCGGCCACUGGCCCACGUGCAAAGCAGUUCUCUGCAGAAGCUGGGCCACGAGGAGCCAGCACUGCCUGGGGCUGAGCACAUCUACCACCAAGCACUGCCGGGGUAUGGGGGGGAACCAGCGGGGCCCUAUACGCGGGGCGGCUCCCUGGAUCCCUCACACUCCAGUGGCAGAGGCUCUGCUGAGGCAGCUGAGGAUGAUGAGAUCCGGAUGAUCAACGAGUACCCACGUGUGGCCAGCAUCACAGCAUCCAUGCAGGAGCACAUUUCGGCCCGCGGCCCCGACUCCGGCAUCCAGCAGGAUGCUGACCAGCUGUCCGACAUCUCCUGUGAGCCGGCCGCCCUGGAAAGCUCCCAGUGGUUCAAGAGCAAGAAGGGCUCUGGGCUGCUGCUACCAGGGCCCACGUCGCAGCUGUACCGCGAGGAUGGGGGAGGCAGUGCCUUCCUUGGUGUGCGCUGUGGCCUCAGCGUCUCCUCCCAGCCCCAGGACUAUACCUUCCCAGAGGAUGGCAAGCCCUCUGUGGAUGGCUCGCUCACCGCCAUUGUGGCCAGUGACGAGGAGCUCCGUGGCAGCUACAAUUGGGAUUACCUGCUGAACUGGUGCCCCCAGUUCCAGCCGCUGGCCAGCGUCUUCACGGAGAUCGCCCGCCUCAAGGAUGAGAGCUCCCUGCGCAAGCCGUUCCCGACCAAGCCCAAGGCAGAGCCCAAGCCUCGCAUCGACCCCCCACCCCUCAUCACCUCUGUGGCCCACCCGGGAGCCAAGUCUGUGCCCCCCAAGCCGCCAGCGGGCAGGACCUUCCCGCACCCGUCAUCGCUGCGCCGCUCGCCCAUCAGCCACGAGGGCUCCAUCUCGUCCUCUGCCAUGUCACCCAGUUUCUCCCCCUCGCUCUCCCCACUGGCCGCCCGCUCCCCUGUGGUCUCUCCCUUUGGCAUCUCACAGGGCCCCUCCGCCUCCACCAUCAGCGCCGAGCACUCACUGGAGCCCUCUGAGGAGGCUGAGCUCAGGAUUUAGACCUGGGCCCAUAGACUUCCCCGCCAGCCCCUGUAGACACGGGGCCAAGAGCGGGGCCCAGCCGAGGGCUGCUCGGCACGGUACUGGUUUGGCUUCCCCAGCACCUUGCCCGUUCCAGGGCCCCACAUGCUGUGGGUUCCCAUGUGCUUUGGGACUGCUGACUCUUGUCACUCCCUGUGGUCUGGCAGAUUCAAUGCUCGUUCUGAUGCCCUGUGGACUGCUGAGCCCAGCGCCAGCACCCCAAGGCAUGGUUCCUUGUACUGCUCGUGGUGUCCCAGAGCAGUGCCUGGCACGCUGCUGCUUUGUGGUACUCCGUGCUCUGAGAGGGGCUGGGAGCACAGCGCUGCUUCCUGCCCUGCUGGGUCCGAGCGCUGCCGCCUGCAGCCCCUGCUCGGUCCCGUCCAGCUGCCCCAGCCAUGCAGCAGUGAGGGGCUGGCCCGUCCCUGCUGGCCCUGUCCCUGUGGGAGCUCCCAGGGCCGGGGUCUCACUGCUCAGCUGGCACAGCUGCAGCAGCCUGCGGGUCUGCGGGAAGCAGCGGGGCUGACCCUGCUUGGUGAUGGUCUGAAACAUCCCAGGCCUAAAUGGACAGGGAGGAGAAGGCAGUGCCCAUUAUCUGCUUACCUGUCCGUGGCUGGUGGGGGGAAAGGGCACCUGUCAGGGUCCCACAGGCCUCUCCACCUCCCACCUCUGCAUCUGCCCUACCUAAGGGUUCACGGUCCCAGGGCUGAGGGCCUUGGGCCAUGGCUGCUUGGCGGCCCUUUGGGGCUGUAGAUUGGCAUCAGGCACAGGUAAUGCCGGCGUACCAGGCUGGCAGCACUGCUGGCUGGAGAAGCAGUGCCAGAACUGCUUCAGCUGACCCCAGGACGGCCCAGCCCUGGGAAAGUCACCAGCACGGCUGCUCUGUGACCUCUCACUCUGUCUGCCCCUGGCCUAGUGUCCAGCCCACAGCUGCAGGAGAGCAUGGGCGGGGGUACCCCAAAAAGCCAUGUGGCUGUAGCCAUGAGGCUGACACGGUGGCAGCCAGCAUGUUGUCCUGAUACAAUGUGGGAUGUGGGCAGCGGGGCUCCCAGGAGCCUGCAGUGCUCACCAGGAUGAGCUGGGACACCAGGGCCACCUCCACAGCAUGGGUGGCUGCGGGAUCCCCAAUCCCUGUGCCCAUCCAUCUGUGCAGCAGCUGCAUUGCACUGCUCCUUCAUGUCACACUGUGGGAAUAGGCAGAGCCGCACAUCCCUGGGGCUGGUCCCCAUCCUCACACCAGCACUGUUUGCAGCUGGUGUGAGCUCACAACUGGUGUCAGCCCCGCACAGCGCUCACCUCAGCCCGCAGCACGUCGUGGCCCUGGGCCUGCUGUGCUUGUGCCAGGUGCUGCAGCCCUGGGUGCUCAGGCUGCUGUGAUCCGUACAUACACAGCUACAGGUGCAGAGUGGGGAUCAGGAGCUGAGCAUGCGAGCCACGGCAGCCCCAAAUGUGCAGCCUGGGAGGACUCCCAGCUGUCUGAGAAGGGGAUCUGGGGCUGCUUUUGGAGCAUUGGAAUUUCCUUCCUAUCACACUUUUCCUACAGCCACUCCAUAGCAUCAAGUGCAAAUCCUGUGUGCACCGUUGGCUGCACCCUCAUUGGUCACCCCAGCCCCAAGUAUUUAUCACAGCAGCCAAAAGCCACUUUUGCCCACUGCCCCUGUGCGUCCCACUCAGAACCGCCUGUGCCUGCAGCCCCAUCUCUGCUCACCACAGGUCCCAGCACAGCCCUGCACCCCAGCACCGCGCUGCCCCACACCCCACAUCCCCGUGAUGCCGACAGGUCCCCAGUGCUGGCAGCUCUGGGAGCUGCCUUGGCUGACAAGGCCAGAAUCAAGUUGCACCAGGGAGGCCGUGGGGCCAGACCUGUGGCCGUGGGGAGCUGAGGUGGCUCCGGGAGGGGAGGAUGUGUUCCACUUUGCUCAGUACAGGGGUGACCCAGAGGCACCCGAGGGGCUGCCUGAGCCCUGCACAGUGCCGGGGUGGCUGAGCAGCCCCACUCCUCUCUGCAUGUUGGGAUGGGUCACCCCUGCAUGCCACAUAGGGUAGGGUCAGACACAUGGCCUCACUUUGGUGUGGGGUUGCAGCCACGUGCUGCUGAGCCCAGCCAGGAGCCGAGCCUCCAGUUAUUUAUUUUUACACAUUGUACUAUGAUUCCUGUUUUCUACUUUGUUUGUACUUUUGUAUCGUGUCUCGCUGAGCUGCAUGUAUUGGGCGCUGCUUGUCGGCCCACACACUGGGCUGCUCCAGCACAGCCUGGACCCAAGUGCCAACUUCUCAAAGAAAUGCCUUAAUAAACCACACUUGUUUGUACAGA